GUCCGGGUUUUUUUUCCAUUCAAGUUUUCCUGCUUUCUUUUUUUUAUAUUUUUUCCUGCCAGAGCUUGGGCCGGUAUAUUUAUUCAAGUACCUCUUUUUUUUCCCUUUUCUUUCUUGCUAUUGUUUUCAUUGCCAUGGUUGCUUGUUCCACCACGGACUGGAUCCCGUCUGCUGAUGCAAGUCAUCAUGUAUUUUCUCUGCCUUUGGAAAAACCUGCCACGGAUGAACGAGAAUAUCGUCUACUCCGACUCGCCAACCAGUUGGAAGUUUUGCUUAUCAGUGAUCCAGACACCGAUCGUGCCAGUGCCGCACUCGAUGUUCACGUUGGUAACCUAAGUGAUCCCGACCAAUUGCAAGGAUUAGCCCACUUUUGUGAACAUUUACUGUUUAUGGGGACCAAGAAAUAUCCCAAAGAGAACGAUUACUAUUCGUACCUCUCCGAACACUCCGGAUACGCGAAUGCUUCGACCGGAACAGAGAAUACCAACUAUUACUUUGAAGUGGGACAUCAAUGGCUGGAAGGUGCAUUGGAUAGAUUUGCCCAUUUUUUCAUUGAUCCGCUGUUCUCCGACAGUUGCACCGAACGUGAACUGCGCGCGGUGGAUUCAGAGCAUAAAAAGAAUCUGCAGUCCGACUGUUGGCGUAUUGCGCAAGUGGAAAAGACGUUGAGCAACCCGAACCAUCCCUGGCGUCAUUUCGAAACGGGCAAUCUCGAGACUUUGAUGGAAAAUCCCAAACGAUUGGGCGUCGAUAUUCGAGAAGAACUUUUGAAAUUCCAUGAAACCUACUAUUCAGCCAAUAUCAUGAAGCUGUGCGUGCUCGGCCAAGAAUCACUUGAUCAACUAACAACAUGGGUUGUUGAUAAGUUUUCAGCCGUCAAGAACAUGAAUAUCCCCAUUCCUCGCUUUGAUGGCCAUCCACUCACUGAAAAGGAAGUCAUGUCACAAAUAUUUGUCAAAUCCGUCAAGCACAAUCGUACAUUGGACAUCACCUUCCCAUUUCCGGAUCAAUCUUCCUAUUAUGAGAGUCAGCCAGCGCAUUAUAUUUCGCAUUUGAUUGGUCAUGAAGGUCCAGGUUCUAUUCUUUCAUUUCUCAAAAAGAAAGGCUGGGCUACCUUUUUGUGCUCAGGAACAUGUUGGGGGGCUGUCGGAUUCGAUUUCUUUCAUGUGAGUGCCGAUCUUACGGAGGAUGGUUUAGAACAUUACGAGGAUGUCGUGGUAGCGAUAUUCCAGUACAUCGAAAUGUUGAAAAAGUGCGGUGUACAGAAAUGGAUUUUUGAUGAAGUGCAAUCGUUGGCGGCCAUUGAGUUCAAAUUCAGCGAGAAAUAUCCACCUUCGCAGUACACUUCCAUGCUCACGAAUCAGAUGCAGGAAGGAUUACCACCUCAAUGGACAUUGAGCAGCCCCGGUCUGCUGCGAAAAUACGAUCCCCAGUUGAUCCAUGACCACAUCGCACUGUUAAGACCAGAUAAUUUUCGCUUGACCUUGGCUAGUCAAGAGUUUCCCAAUGGGAUCAAAUGUACUCAGGUGGAACGGUGGUACGGUACCGAAUAUGAAGUGUUACCUGUGAGCGCUCAUCUUAAAGAGGUGUUAGGCAACUUAUCAGCCAACGAUGCAUUCAAACUGCCUCUUACCAAUGAAUUUAUCCCCACGCAACUGGAGGUGCCUCGAUUGUCGAUCCAGGAGAAACAGAGGAAACCUAAUCUGAUUCAGGAAACCCCGACACUGCGUCUAUGGCACAAACAGGACGAUACUUUCUGGAUGCCGAAAACCAAUGUGUGGAUUCUUUUCCGAAAUUCGCUGGCUUACGCUACACCUCGCAAUGCCGUCAUCACAACCAUGUUUGUCAAUUUACUCGCCGAUUCUCUGACCGAAUAUUCAUAUAAUGCCGAAGUGGCCGGUCUCUCGUAUUACCUAUGUCAAGACACGAAUGGUGUGCUGUUGACCAUUGGAGGCUACAGUGAUAAACUAGCUGUUCUGUUGGAAAAAGUCGUCCAACGUAUGAAAGAGCUUUCCAUUGAACCGGACCGGUUUGAUGUGGUCAAGGAUCAGACAAAACGGAAUUAUCAAAACUUUUUCCUGGAGCCACCGUUCCAACAUGUGGCGUACUAUUUGUCUUAUACGAUCAAGGAAAAGAUGUGGAAAUACGAUGACUUGGCGGCCGAAUUGGAGGAAAUCACGCCAAACGAUGUGAUGACGUUUGCUUCCGAUAUUCUUUCGCAUUUGCAUAUUGAGGGAUUGGUACACGGUACAUUGACGGAGGAAGAAGCCACGAGUAUGUUCCGUAUGGUGGAAACCAUCCUUUCACCGCGUCCCCUGAUGCCCAGUCAGUUUAUUAGCCAUCGCAGUCUCGUGCUUCCGGAAGGGUCUUCGUUUGUGUACCAGUUGGCGGUGCAGGAUCCCGAUGAUGUGAAUUCGGCCAUUGAAUACUAUUGUCAAAUUUGCGAUGUGACCGAUAUCGCGCGUCGCGCAUGUCUCAGUCUGGUGGCGCAAAUUGCUCAGGAACCUUGCUUUAACCAGUUACGAACGCGGGAACAGCUAGGAUAUAUCGUGUUUAGUGGCAUCCGACGACACACCGGCACCAUGGGUCUCCGAUUCAUUAUUCAGAGUGAGAAGGAUACCGUGUACCUGGAGAAUCGCGUGGAAGAGUUCCUUGACACGUUGCGUGACACCAUUGCCAAGAUGAGCGAGACCGAUUACAAGUCGCAGGUGAACUCCCUAAUCGACGAUAAGAAGGAGAAAUUCAAAAACAUGGGUCAAGAAGGAGCCAAGUAUUGGAGCGACAUCGAAUCGGGGUACUAUGAGUUUGACGAUGUGGAGAAGGACGUGGCCGAACUGACAUACAUCGACAAGGAAUUGCUGCUAGCAUUCUACGACGACUAUAUCCAUCCUUCGUCCCCAAAGUUCCGCAAAUUAUCAAUUCACAUGCAAUCGCAAAAAUUGCCUCCGGCGACAAAACCUAAAUUCAACGUGGAAUCAUUGCAUACGUGCAUGACAUCCCAGGGAAUCCACAGCAAACUAUCACUGGAAGAGUUGAAGAAAGCGGUGGAUAAAGAUCUUUACGCGGGAUUGCCCAAUGACGUUAUUCUUCAAAAGUUACUGACUGACGAACUCAAAGCCAAUGAAGACGAUAUCGAAGCCGUCAUGAAGAGAAUGGCCGUGGACGCGGGACUUGAAAAGGAUAAAGAAACAGAACUUAUCCAGGACGCCGUGAGCGUAAAGAACGGCCAGGCUGACACCGAAGAUGCCGUGGUAUCAACAAGAGAUCACUCCCAAUUACCGUCGGGCAACGUGAUUAUCACUGACUUGAUUAAAUUCAAACAUCAAAUGCCACUGUCGGCCGCGGCUGUAUCCUUUUUUCUAUUUUCCCGUAUUUAAUAGACUCUGUUUUUCUUGUUCCCGUCACCCCACUGUAGCUGCUCUUUAGAUAAUGAUCGCUUUUUAUCUUUUUUGUAUACUUGUAUGCUUUUGCCAUAAUAAACCGUGGACAAGUCCUCCUGUCACAUGCAAUAAAGCACGUCAAAGC